CAGCAGAUAUAAACUACAACAGUUCAGAUUUACACAGACCCUCCAAAAUCCCCUCCCCGUGACAUCAUGGUAAAAGUAUCUGGCAGCACGUGUGCAAACAGGGUGGAUGCGGCUGCUGUUGUGUGCAAGAGACGCAGAAUCGACUAAUGUCAGUUUUUUAGCGGGCCUGUCGUCACACCCCAACAAGACAAACGUGUUUUUCAGUCACAGCUGCAUCAUGCAUCAGACACUGUUGGCCACGUUCCUGCUGUCUCUCUCCUCUGUGCUGACCGUAAACUCUGCCAUAAAGAAAGGACACAACCUUACCAUCCAUUCAUCCCAGCUGGUUUGCAGUCUUCCAGGGCCUCAGGGUCCCCCGGGCAGUCCCGGGCCUUCAGGGCCCAGCGGGAGCAACGGGCGGAUGGGCCUGCCCGGCAGUGAUGGACAAGAUGGAAAAGAUGGUGACAGAGGUCUGAAAGGAGUGAAAGGGGAACAAGGUCGCCAGGGCAAUCCUGGAAAACCUGGACUGAAAGGCCGCCAAGGAGUUGUGGGCAGGGCGGGGCCUAGAGGUCUGAAGGGGGUGCGAGGGUCAGCUGGUGCACCCGGGACGUCAGGCCUUAAAGGAGAAAAUGGUGAUAUGGGUGAGGCUGGCACUGCUGGUGGCUGUGACUGCGGAAAGCAGGCCCGGUCAGCCUUCUCAGUAGCCAUCACCAAGAGCUACCCCAAGGAGCGCAUGCCCAUCCGGUUUGAACGCAUCCUGAUGAACGAGGGCAAUAAUUAUAACACCAGCAGUGGCAAGUUCACCUGCACCAUCCCAGGUGUGUACUACUUCACCUAUGACAUCACACUGGCUAACAAACACCUGGCGAUCGGGCUUGUGCAUAACGGCCAGUACAAGAUCAAGACUUUUGAUGCCAACACAGGGAACCAUGAUGUGGCUUCUGGGUCAACUGUACUCCGACUGCAGAAAGGAGACCAGGUCUGGCUUCAGAUCUUCUACUCUGAGCAGAACGGCCUGUUCUUUGACCCAUUCUGGACUGACAGUCUGUUUACAGGAUUUUUAAUCUACGCUGAACAGAUUACUCCAACUAAGGUGGUGCCAACCACUGCCAGUCCUGGAUCCUCAUGAUGAAGCUUUUUCCAGUAGCCGCACCAUUGUAACAUAACUGUGGAACAUUCCUGAACCUUUCAAUCAAACAAAUAAUGAUUGGAACCUGAGUUCAAUUAUUUGGAUGGGUGAACAAAUACUUUUGGCCCUAUAAUGUAUGUGAACAUGUACCAAUGGCACCAAAACCCUCCCUGUCCUGAAAGACCAAAGAACACAUGAAUCCAAAUUGGCCUACAUACACUGUUUAAACUAGUCUUGGACUACACAGCAUUUUAAUGAAGAUAAAAUAUAGUCUAAGACUAGGCCUAAUCCCUGUCUGGAAAACUGAUCCUUCAUGUCCUAAUGUUAGUGAAUAGCACUCCAUUAAGAGCAGAUAAACACAAACCUAUUGGCACCAUGACUAAUGACUGGUGUGGACCAGCAAGGUAUAAAUCUCUCCAUCAUUGAGCUGUGGGACCGUGGAACUGUGUUCCCUGGAAUGAUGAAUGGUGCUCUAUCCAAAAAAUGAAGAGGAAUUUGGGGAUGACGUAGGGUGGUAAUCAUCAUCCAAUCGUCUAACCUCACUGAUGCUCUUGAGUGCCAUUAUUGCUAAAUGCAAUCAAAUUCUCACAGCAAAUGUUCGAAUUCUAGUAGAAUAUUCACCUGGACAGUAGAGACAUUUACUCCAACAAAAGUAGGAUGAAGCCUUUGAACUGCUGUGUCCCAAUACUUUUGUUAAUAUAGUGUAUUUAACCAGAUUUGAAACCAAAUACAAACAAGUCCUAAGUAAAGUUUGAACUGUUUCAGCAUAUGAUAUUUGGCACUACUGUGUAAAUUUUUUAAAAACAUAGUAUUGAAUUUUAAGUAUUAGUUUAUAUGUAAUUUAGUGUUUAAACCAUGCCCACUAGUUCUGUUAUUAGAUACCACUUUUAAAAGUAAACUUUCCCUUAUCUGAGAACUCAUACAAAUGGUAGUGUGUUUUUUAAUACUCUGGACAGGUUUUUUAUAAAGAUUUUAGUUAAACAAUCACAAUAUGUCGCCUUGCUUGCAGUAUAGCAAUAUAUUGCAAUACAUUAGUUUUGUAACCCCCGUAUAAUGUAACGUAUCUUAUCGCCAAGUUCUUCACAAUAAACAGCCCUAGUUCAGACAGCAGAAAUUCAAUCUGUGAAUAAGUAACCUGAAAAUAAACACAAGCUGUCCAUCUUCAGCUCCAGUUAACAUGCUAACAUACAUGAAGAACAUGACAAACAUCAUGUGCCUCCAGCCGUAUACACACUUAUGGGUCUAGUUCAAACAAACCACAAUGACUUCAGAGGACACAUGAUGUUUUGGGUUCAUGCACCCUUGUGGCUAAUAUUCCACUGGUGGUGUUUUAACUAGGAAAUAAGUGUCCAAAGUGUCCACUUACAUAACUGUACAGUUAUCUAACUGGGCGGUCAGCUGAUGCUGGUUUCCUUAAU